AUGAAUGCUGAUGGCUUAUCUGAUCAGGAAAAACUAGAAAAACGUCAUUCACAUGCAGCCAAAGAAACCGAAUACUUACGUUUGAAACGAGUUAAAAUGAGUGCUGAAGCUUUCGAACCAUUAAAAGUGAUUGGACGAGGGGCUUUUGGCGAAUACGAAAACGUGACACAGGACACAUAUGCUAUGAAGAUUUUACGUAAAGAAGACAUGCUAUUACGUGAGCAAGUAGCACAUGUACGUGCCGAACGAGAUGUACUUGUUGAAGUUGAUCACACGUGGACCGUUAAAAUGUUUUAUUCAUUUCAAGAUGCAAGAAAUUUAUAUUUAAUUAUGGAAUUUCUUCCUGGUGGUGAUUUAAUGACAUUAUUAAUACAACAAGAAAUCUUCAGUGAAGAUAUGACGCAGUUUUACGUGACAGAAACAACACAAGCAAUCGAAUCAAUUCACAGACUAGGCUUUAUUCAUAGAGAUAUUAAACCAGAUAAUCUUCUACUUGAUGCAAAAGAUCAUAUAAAACUGUCAGACUUUGGCUUAUGUAAUGACUUGAAAAAAGCUCAUCGGACCGAAUUCUAUCGUGAUAUUCGAAGCAUGCGACCACAAGAUUUUACAGCUACUCCAGCUGAUUCUAAACGACGAGCUGAAACAUGGAAAAGAAAUCGUCGUGCAUUAUUGAAAGCCGAUUGGUGGUCAUUAGGUGUAAUUAUGUAUGAUGAGAUGUUAAUCGGUUAUCCGCAAUUUUGUGCUGAAAAUCCAGAAGAAACCUUUCGUAAAGUAAUGAAUUAUCGUGAAACACUUGUUUUUCCGCCAGAAUUACCCAUAUCAAAUGUGUCGACAGGUCUUAUACUUAAAUUCUGUACGGAUGCCGAUCGACGUCUAGGCUCAUUAGAUAAUAUUCGAAAUCAUCCGUUCUUUCUGGGUGUUAAUUGGGAUCAUAUACGAGAUCGACCCGCUGCAUAUCAAUCACGCGUUGAAUCCGUUGAUGAUACGUCCAAUUUCGAUGAUUUUCCUGAUGUCGAUCUUAAAUUACCAUCCCCAACAAGAGAGACUGAAGUGCAAGUUCAUGAUUGGCUUUUUAUUAAAUAUACAUAUAAAUGUUUUGAUGGUUUGGCAGCUAAACCAAAAUUUAAAAUGUCAGCACCAAUAGGUUCAUCGUCAUCAUCAACACACUGA